UGUAUCCUCCUCCCCUGGCUCAUCCACAUUUCCCUCCCUCGCAUACAUACUUUUACAAUACGUGCACUCCGCAAGUCCGAAGUUCUGUUGAUUCUUGAUCUAACUGAUGUUUACCUAAAAAGCAGAUUGUGAGCGAGAUGGUUUUUGCCCAACAGAGAGUUUAUGUCAAGAUAUGCCUGUGUAUCACAUGUAAAUAACAGUAAUCAGGUCGACGCCUAUAACGACUCUCUCUCUCUCUCUCUCUCUCUCUCUGGGUCUCGCAGAUAACAUGUCGACUCGUAGGUACACCUAGCCUGGACACUUAGCAGUUUGCAAUACUUUUUAUAUUGGGGAAAAAAGAAAAACUUCACGCACUAAAUCAUGAAUCCCCAAUACAUGCAACAGCAGCAGCAUCCACUCUACGAACCUUCUCAGAUGAAUCCAUCCUCAUACGGUGAACUCAAUGCCAAUUUACCCCAAAAAAGUUUACACGAUUUGCACUCUUAUCCUCCGCAAAAACAACCACUUGGUCCACCACCCAGCAGUAAUGCUCCACCAACAGCAAAGUCGCCUUAUUACAUGAACGAUAUUCAAAACCAAGCAAAUAACUUUCACAAUGGGCCACCUUUGCCACAGUCUAAUCAAAAUCAUUUAGAGGACCAAAUUUCGGGCCUAAGUUUGAGUGGUCCACUGAGGCCUCCAUCUUCUCAAAAUUAUGCCUCACAGCUUGACAAAAAUAUACAAUCAAUACCUUUUCAACCGACUGUAAAUGGAAUUAGUAAUCAAAAUCAUCCUCCUCCACAAGGUGAUUUACCUUCAAAUAACAUGCCAAUGGAACAAUCUAGUCCACCAUUACUCCAAAGGCCAGCAACUGCUCAACAACAAGGACCUCCAGUAGCUCAUCCACCCGAUUUCAUAUCUCCCUAUGGACCCACAAGUGGAAGUCAAUUUCCAGGACAACAACCACACACUGGACAGCAAUCAACACAAGGACCAAACAUUCCCAGAAGUGCACCCCAGCCUUCUCCACCCAAUAAAAAUUAUCAAGAUCAAGUUUCCAGCCAAAAUAGGAUGCCUCCUCUGUCAAAACCCCCCACAAUGCCUCUGAGUUCCUCAGCAUCUAGCAACCAACAACAGUCUUACGGAGCACCACCAUUGCAACCUCAAGGUUACCACAUGGGUAAACCACCACUCGGAGGGCCUCCAAUGCAAAGUGCAAAACCUCAAAGUCUACCUGGUCCUCCAUUAGCAAGCUCUUAUGACUCUGCUCCACCAAUGACCAAUCCACAGAAUUUAUCGGGACCUCCUUUGCCAGGGCAGACUCUUCAAGGUUCCCCAUCUCUUGGUCUUCCACAGGGCUUACCCAGACCUUCACUGCCUGGUCAAACUGGUCAUUUACCGAGUCCUGGAGUACCUACCCAACAAAAUUUGACUAACUCACUGGGACAACAAAAUGUUGCUGCAGCUCCACAACCAGCAGGACAUGCUCAUUCACAGUAUCCCUACAGCAAUCAAGCUUAUGGACAGCCGCCGCUGUCUCGUUAUUCCCCAAGUCCAUCUGCAAACACAACCAAUGCCUACAGUCAUAUGAAUCAGCAUUCUGAGCCUUCCUAUCCCCAGGGUUUUCAACCACCAAACCUUGGUCAAAACAUGUACACCAACCAAAAUCAAUAUCAAAGUGGGGUGGGAAGUCCCACAGGAGGAUAUGCUCAGUCUCAAGCAAGAAGACUCGAUCCUGAUCAAAUGCCUAGUCCCAUACAAGUCAUUCAAGAUGAUCAAAAAACGAAAGGCGGAGUUUUUGCAACGAAUCAAAAAGGAUUAGUUCCACCUCUCGUUACCACUAAAUUUGUUGUUGAAGAUCAAGGAAACGCAUCGCCAAGAUUCGUCAGAUCAACGAUGUACACUGUCCCUACAACGGCUGAUAUUAUCAAACAGACUCAGAUUCCAUUCGCUCUUAUACUCAGCCCAAUGGCUCAAGUGGAGGAAGGUGAAUAUGAGCCACCAAUUGUAGAUAUGGGAGAACUCGGGCCAGUACGAUGCAAUCGUUGCAAAGCAUACAUGAGUCCCUUUAUGCAAUUCAUUGAUGCAGGUAGACGAUUUCAGUGCUUGUUUUGUAAAGCUACCACAGAAGUUCCAACGGAAUACUUUCAACAUUUGGACCACACUGGUCAAAGAAUGGACCGUUAUGAGCGUCCCGAAUUGAUACUUGGAACUUACGAAUUCACAACGACGCAGGAUUACUGCAAAAAUAACACGCUACCAAAACCACCAGCAAUUAUUUUUAUUAUCGACGUCUCCUACAACACAAUGAAAUCAGGCUUAGUGAAGCUACUCUGUGCUCAAAUGAAAAAAAUCAUUCGCAAUUUACCAGUGGAUGCAGGCCAAACCAAAUCCAAUAUGAAAGUUGGAUUCAUCACGUACAGCAACACAGUGCAAUUUUACAACAUCAAAUCAAGUCUUGCCCAGCCACAAAUGAUGGUCGUUGGCGAUGUGCACGAUGUAUUUAUGCCUCUUCUCGAUGGUUUUCUCUGCGAUCCGGAAGAAAGUGAAGCUAUGAUCGAUAGUCUUAUGACUCAUAUUCCAAUAGCGUAUGCGGAAACUCGAGAAACGGAAAUUAUUCUUGCACCGGCUAUACAAGCUGGCUUGGAAGCCUUAAAAGCAUCUGAGUGCAGUGGCAAGCUAAUGGUAUUCCAUUCGUCGUUGCCAAUUGCUGAUGCUCCAGGAAAACUUAAAAACCGGGAUGACCGAAAGCUUUUAGGAACAGACAAGGAAAAAACCGUCAUUGCUCCGCAAACUAACUUUUACAAUAAUCUUGGUCAAGAUUGCGUAGAAGCUGGCUGUAGCGUUGAUUUAUUUGUCUUCAACAAUUCGUACAUCGAUAUUGCAACCAUUGGCCAAGUUUGUAGGCUAACUGGUGGUGAAGUGUACAAAUAUACAUACUUCCAGGCCAAUUUCGAUGAAGAGAGACUGAUCACAGAUAUUAUAAAUAACAUAAGUAGACCCAUUGCAUUUGACGCAGUUAUGAGAGUUCGAACAUCUACAGGUGUCAGGCCAACCGAUUUUUAUGGACAUUUUUACAUGUCAAAUACAACCGAUCUAGAACUAGCUAGUAUAGAUUGUGAUAAAGCUCUUGCACUGGAAAUCAAACAUGACGACAAAUUGGCGGAAGAUGAAGGUGUGUAUAUUCAAGCUGCAUUGCUGUAUACAUCCUGCAGUGGAAUCCGAAGAUUACGGAUAAUCAACUUGAGUCUAAAGACCUCAUCACAGAUGGCCGAACUUUACAGAUCUUGUGAUUUAGAUGCCAUUAUUAAUUACCUUUCCAAACAAAGUGUAUUCAAAUUGGUUGAUGCAACUCCAAAAUUAAUUAAAGACAGCUUGAUAUCAAGAUGCGCCACUAUUCUUGCGUCUUAUAGGAAACACUGUGCGACUCCAUCAAGUGCUGGGCAGUUGAUACUUCCAGAGUGCAUGAAACUAUUGCCCCUCUACAUAAUAUCAUUACUAAAAAGCGAUGCCCUCACAGGAGGAAAUGGAAUAACGAUCGAUCAAAAAGUCUACGUGAUGAUGGCAAUCGCGACAAUGCCGAUCAGCGAGUCUAUCGCGCACGUUUAUCCCCGUCUACUUCCUUUACAUGACGUUGACCCUACGGAGGGAGACUUGCCACCUAUGCUGCGCUGUUCCAUUGAUAAGUUUACCGACGAUGGAGCAUACUUGUUAGAGAACGGGAUUCACAUGUUUUUAUGGCUGGGCUUGAAUAUUGCCCCGCAAUGGGUACAGGAAGUAUUUGGGGUCCCAUCAGUUGUUCAGGUUGAUACCGACAAGAAUUUCAUUCCUCUGCUGGAUACUCAAUUGAACGAGCGAAUCAGAGAUAUCAUUAGCCAUGUACAGAGCGAAAGACGUUAUUGCAUGCGGCUGACUCUAGUGAGACAACGGGAUAAGAUGGAAGCGGUGAUGCGUCAAUUCUUAGUCGAAGAUCGAGGCAUAGAUGGUAAUCCGGGAUAUGUAGACUUUUUGUGUCAAAUGCACAGAGAAAUCCGAACGCUUCUUAGCUAGUGUAAAUUAAAUUAAAUUUUUAAAACUAAACUCUCUAAAGAAAAUUAAAAAAAUUAAUAAAUAAAAAAAAUCAAUUCAUUUUGAGUAGUGUGUAAUAAAGUUUAUUUGUGGAUGCAUGAGUGAAAUAGAGUGGUUGAUUUAUUGCGAGAGAGACUAAAAUGAAUAAAAAGGGGAAAGGAAGUUAGAGCCCGCGUUAGGAUGAUGAAUGGGUGAGGAGUGGGUUAUUUGUACAAGAGUAUAUUUUAAAGGAUUACUGUAUUAUUGUACUGCAUAUUGUGUCAAUAGCUUUGUUAUCGUCUAUUAUUAGUAUGCUGAUUGAAAACUAAUUGUUAAUAUGUAACAAAAACAGUUAUAAAUUUAUACACCAAGCCAAAAGUGUUAAUGAUCAAUCCAAGUGCAUUAAUUGACCUUAUAAUUUUAAGUCUCUAUUGUACCUAAUUGUAUAUUUCUUGAAUUUUAGUAUGUCCUGUAUAUUAAUAUUAAAUUACAGUUUUAAAAAAAA